CUCAAUUUGAGUUUCCUGUCUGUACAUCAUGCUUUUCUAAUAUCCUGUAAAAGGAAGAGUGUUAAUGUCAAUAUCAAUCCAGGAUAGAAGUAAAGAACAGAAAGUUCCACCUUCUGUGGAACAUUCUUUCCCUUCAUUUCCAACACACGUGGUCAAGUGAAACUAAAAGAACCAAAAACCAACUAUCCUAACAAGAGUAGCAAAUGUUCGGGAACAUUCAGCCCACCUGCUAGUUCCCAUCCAAGCCGAACACAAUCCUGAUUUGGUGCGUGUGGUUCAAUGCCGAGCACUAGGACCCGGUUGAGAAACAAGCUGCGAGGCCCCACCCACCCCUCCCGGCCCCAGAAGAGCUGCGCAUGCGUUCUGUUCUCGCUGAACAAAGAUGGCUGCCGUUCAUCGGGGCGUUUGCUUGGUCAAAGACUCGGAUCGGAAAACACGAGACCUGCAGGGCUUACAAUUGAUCAGAUACUGAAGUGGACCAGCCAAGUAUUGCUACACGAAUAGGUCAGAGACAAUGAAUUCUGUGGGAAAUAAUUCACUUCUUGACUUCUCAAAGACUGUCCACCAUCUGCAAGACGUAAGUCAGAAGUUGCCUGGGUGGGUGCAACUCCAACAACACUCGAGAUUUGAGACCAUCCAAGAUAAAGCAGCUCACUCACUUGACACUCCAUCCACCAGCAUGAAUAGUCAUUCUUUUUCGCUGGACACUGCCUCUUCUAUCGACAGGAACGUGGGGCUUCUUCACAUCACUGGUGUUAGAAGAGGAGGAUAAACUAUACAUCCAUAUUAGACAGUUAUUUGAAACAUCAGGACCAGAAUAUCAUUAUCCUUUGAAUGUGGAAGAAAAGGUAUUUUUUGUUUGGGAAAAGGUUUCAAACAUCAGUGUGACUGAAAACGUCCUGAGUGAGCAUGCUCCCCUGAAGUGACUGUGGUAAAAGCUUUAACCAGUUACACAGUGUGUAAGAAACAUUGCAUUAUUCAAUGCACGGAGAUGCCUGUAUGUGGAGGAUGAUCCAACUGACUAUCCAAUCUGAUAAGUCACAAGCACACCCAUGCCAUGGAGAAACCGUGGAAGUGUGGGAACUGUGGGAAGGGAUUCAGCUGUCCAUCUCACCUGGAAACUCAUCGACGUACUCACACUGGGGAGAGACCGUUCAUCUGCUCUCUGUGUGGGAAGGGAUUCACUCAGCCAUCUAGCCUAGUGUCACACCAGCGAAUUCACACUGAUGAGAAACCCUUUAAAUGUUCUGAGUGUGGGAGAAGCUUUAAGAGCUCUGGGUGUUUAAUUCAACAUCAGCGACUUCACACGGAGGAGAGGCCAUUCGUCUGUGGCAAAUGCAGCAAGAGGUUCAGGACUUCAUCUCAACUCUCAAAGCACCUACGUGUGCACACAGGAGAAAGACCAUUCACUUGCUCACAGUGUGGGAAGAGGUUCAGGUGUUCAUCUAAUCUGACUGAACAUCUGCGUGUUCAUACUGGAGAGAGACCGUUUGUCUGCUCUGAGUGUGGAAAGGGAUUUACUUGUUCAUCCCACCUGACGGAGCACAAGCGGGUUCACACUGGGGAGAAGCCAUUUGUCUGCUCCAUGUGCGGGAAGGGAUUCACCACGUCAUCCCAGCAUCUCACACACCAGGCUGUUCACAGUGGGGAGAGACCAUUCUCCUGCUGCUUGUGUGGGAAGGGAUUCAGUCGUUUAUCCACACUGCAAAGACAUCAGCGCAUUCACACUGGAGAGAAACCGUUCCCCUGCUCCCAGUGUGGAAAGGGAUUCACUCAGUCAUCCCACCUGCUGAGACACCAGCAAGUUCACAAGUGACUCCAGGAGUUAGGAUUCCCCUGUUUUUGCUGCUGUUUGUACAGUCUGAGACGUGACUAUGUUUGUUUUUGCAGUAUUCUGACUUCCUGCACUUGGGGCUUGUUGUCCAAUAAAUCAUAUUUGUCUCUAAUAUCAUAUGCCAACUCUCCAGAAUAAAGAGAACAAUUGCCCUCUUAUUGACUACUCCACUUUUGGGAUAGAAAGCUGGCAAAUGUCCUGUACCUAGUUUCCUACAAUCAUGGAUAGAUGGAGGCGAAUGCACUGCUUGUGAUUUCCCAAAUUUCUGUAAAUCCUGGGACAGAAGCAAUGUAUUUAUUUGAUUAUUUUUGCAUGAGAUGUGGACAUUUCUGGUUAGGCCGGCAUUUGUCACCCAUUCUGAAUAGCCUUAACACUCUCAGCUUUUUUUUUUGUUCCUUCAUGGAUUGAGGGUGUCUAUGUUUGGCCUGCAUUAAUUGCCCAUCCCUAAUUGCCCAGAGGGCAGUUAAGAGUCAACCAUAUUGCUGUGGGUCUGGAGUCACGUGUAGGCCAGACCAGGUUAGGCUGGCAAGUUUCCCUCCCUAUAGGGCAUUAGUGGGCUUUUAAUGACAAUCAACAAUGGCUUCAUGGUCAUCAUUAGACACUUAAUACCAGAUUUUUAUUGAAUCAA